CUGUAGGCACCACUGCAAUAUCAGAUUCCCCGCUUGUCCUCUUAGAUCGUUGGUCGCAAACGUCCAGCAGUGAGUCAGUUCGGCCCUACAUAAAUGUCUUAACGCUCAAAUACGUGCACAUAUUGUGAUCGGCGUUUUAUGAAGAGCAGAAACCAGACUCCCAUACUCCGUAAAUCCCCUGUACAGUUGAUGCUUGCUCCAUUGCCAUGGCAACAGAAGACAAGAAGCCAGAGACUGACACAAAGCCUCCACUGGCGACAGCAUCUUCCACUCAGAGCAAGUCGGCUCCUGCCAAGCCCAACUACGGACUGAAGUUUACACUAGCGGGCCACACGAAAGCUGUCUCCUCUGUCAAAUUCAGUCCCAGCGGAGAGUGGCUUGCCAGCUCCUCUGCUGAUAAACUCAUCAAAAUCUGGGGAGCUUACGACGGCAAGUUUGAGAAAACCAUAUCAGGACAUAAACUCGGCAUAUCAGAUGUGGCCUGGUCGUCCGACUCCAACCUCCUGGUGUCUGCAUCAGAUGAUAAGACCUUGAAAAUCUGGGACAUCAGCUCGGGAAAAUGCUUAAAGACCCUGAAAGGUCACAGCAACUAUGUGUUCUGCUGUAAUUUCAACCCACAAUCCAAUCUUAUCGUGUCGGGAUCAUUUGACGAGAGUGUGCGAAUAUGGGACGUGAAGACCGGGAAGUGUUUGAAAACAUUGCCCGCUCAUUCGGAUCCCGUCUCUGCUGUCCAUUUCAACAGAGACGGCUCCCUGAUUGUGUCCAGCAGCUACGACGGACUCUGCCGAAUUUGGGACACAGCAUCUGGGCAGUGCUUAAAAACAUUAAUAGACGACGACAACCCUCCCGUGUCCUUUGUCAAGUUUUCUCCCAACGGGAAAUACAUUCUGGCUGCGACACUGGAUAACACACUGAAGCUGUGGGACUACAGCAAAGGAAAGUGCUUGAAGACGUACACAGGCCAUAAAAAUGAGAAGUACUGCGUAUUUGCCAACUUCUCGGUCACAGGUGGAAAGUGGAUCGUGUCGGGCUCUGAGGACAACAUGGUGUACAUCUGGAACCUGCAGACAAAGGAGAUUGUGCAGAAACUGCAGGGCCACACAGAUGUGGUCAUUUCGACCGCCUGCCACCCGACAGAGAACAUCAUCGCAUCUGCGGCACUAGAAAACGACAAAACCAUAAAGCUUUGGAAAAGCGAUUGUUAAAGCCUGACCAUUGAUAUUUUGUUUCUUUUUAACACUUUGUUUUUCUAUUUUUUAUAAAAUAAAAAAGAGAGGACUUUUUCUUCCCAGCAAUGAGCUUGUGCUGGAUUCAGAGCAUGCAGGGAACCAACUCUCAACAACGAUGCGACAAAUUGGUUCGGCAGUUUAUUCUGCGUGACACUUAAAUGCAUCCAUUCCUUGUGCUUUUGUGUCCUGCCCGCAUAUUUUUGUCACUCAUCAAAAUGGAUGACCUAGGUAACAAUCCCAUGACACCGUUUCGAGUACUUCAGUAUUAUUGGACAGAACUUUUAACCUCGAUGGCAACACAGUUCAUGACAAUUCACUUAAUAUUCGUGCAAAAAAAUAAAAGUUCCUACUUUUGCCUUUGAUGUAUGUGUUAUUGUCUAGUGAUGUCAAUCUUGAUUUUGGUUUUCUAAUAAAUGAAGUACCCUUG